UGGCCAGGUUAAACCCUUUCUCUCUCUCUCUUGCCAUCUACCAAAAGUUCAUAAAUUCAAGUUUAUUUGUUGUCUUGCGGAAAUCGCAUUGUCCUUGCUUUCCUUUUUUGUAGGUUACAACGUCCACUGUCCGACCUUCCGCGCCUAAUUGUGGCUUCUUCCUUUUAAUGAGGAAGUAAUGUUUUUAACUGAAUAUUGCUUUACACUCUUCCACCUUAUUGCAAAAAAGUGUAGGAGUAACACAUUCAUAAAGAAUGAAGAAAAGAUGAGUAUAAAAAGAAAAGAAAUACAAGAGAAAAGGUACCAUUUCGACAUGGAGAAGAUUCUUGUAACCAUCUCAACUGGAGCUGCAUCCAUUGCAGUUUUGGCUGUUCUUUUCACUGUUCCAUCUCUCUACAAUACCAUCAACGAAGUUCAUGAUCAAGUUCUUGAUGGAGUUUCCGUUUUCCGUGUUGAAACCGAUUCUGCUUGGACCGAGAUGAUGGACAUUCAGGUUACUGUCACUCCACCAACUAAGCCACGUGUCAAUCCAUUCAACUCUGUCUUCCGUCAAAAGCGUCAAACUUUCUCUGGACUUCCAGCUUGGUGCCAGUGUGAGCCAACUAAGCCAACUUGCCCACCAGGACCACCAGGACCACCAGGCCAGCCAGGAGCACCAGGAGUCCCAGGAGCUCCAGGACCAAGAGGGGGCGACAGCACUGUUACCUAUGCUCCAAUCAACUGCCCACAAGUUUCAUUCGAUUGCAUUAAGUGCCCAGCAGGACCAGCCGGACCAGCUGGAUCAUCCGGACCAGCAGGACCAGCAGGACCAUCUGGACAACCAGGAACUCCAGGACAACGUGGAAACGAUGGAUUCCCAGGAGCUCCAGGAGCACCAGGAGACAAUGGUCAACCAGGAUUCCCAGGACAAGAUGGAGCUCCAGGACAACCAGGAGCCGAUGGACAACGUGGAGCUGGAACUCCAGGAGCACCAGGAGCUCCAGGAAAUGCUGGACCAGCUGGACCAUCUGGACAAGAUGGAUUCCCAGGACAAGAUGGAGCACCAGGAUCAGCUGGACCAGCCGGACAAGACGGAUUCCCAGGAAACAAUGGAUCCGAUGGACAACCAGGAGCUCCAGGAGGACCAGGACUUCCAGGAAACGAUGCCGCUUAUUGUGCCUGCCCACCAAGAUCCGCUGUUUUCCUUUCCCGUCAUUAAAAUGGUUUUUCUCAAUUCUUGUCAUAUUUCUUUUAAACG